AUGAAUAACACGAUGCAUAAUUCAGUGACCAUUGAGAGAGCCACUCCCGAUCCUCUCUCACCCCAAAACCCUAAACCUCUGUUUCUCUCUCUAUAUAUCAAGCAAAUUGCCUGGCUUUUUCGUAGUUCAAUUGGUUAUUUAGUGAAUCUUGUUGUUUGCUUUGUGAUGGAAAAUGGUAUUGCCAUUGCGGAUGGGUCUAAGUUUGGGGAGAAAAAUGGUGUAAACAAUGAGGUUACUAAGUCAAGAGCAGAGGAAAAUGCUGAUUCAGGUUUGGAUGGAUCAAAGGACUCGAAUGGGGAUGAAGUAUUUGAGGAGGCAGUGGCAGGGACUCCGAGGGUCGACCCAGAGGAUAUGGAUGCGAAUAAAGAUGAAAAUGUUGAGACAAUUGCGACUUCAAAGAAUGGUAAUGAGAAUUCAGAUCUCGGCAACGAGGCUGAGAAGUUUGAAGAGGCAAUUGGGGUUUCUGGUGCAAUGCGGAAUGCAGUUGAGGAGUCCGGUUCGAAGGCUGAAUUUUUUAUGAAUAAAUAUUCUGACGAUAAUCAAAUUGCUGUAGAGAAACCUGUGACGGAUGAAAGGAAUAGGCUGAUGGAUGACAGUGCUGUUGAGAAUGGCACAGGUCACACCAUUUCUGUUGCUGCUGGUGAAACUGAAAAUCUAAAUGACUACAAUGAAAAGUUAGGCAAGUCUUCUGAGAAUCCUGAAACAGGUGCAUCAGAUCCUACAGAGAUGAAGAUUCUGGUUGCAGACAUAAAGGAAGAACAUAUUACUGAGAUGUCAGAAACUCAAGUUGUCAGUGAGUUAAAAGGGGUUGAUGUGGGCUCUGAGAAGCCUAACAUGAAGGAAGCCAUAAUUCACGAGAUUUCAGAUAUUCGAGAUGCCAAUGAGGUUAAAGGAGGCGAUACUGCUUCAGAAAAGCCUGUGAAUGGCAUGUCAGAUCAUAUAAAUUUGGCUGAAACUUUGACUCUUGAAGACCCAAUCCUUUUGGACACUGAUGCACUGAAAGAACAUAGUCAUAAGACUUCGUCAGAAACCCAAGAUGCUAAUGUGAUAAAGGGAAUUGCAAUUGAUCCUUGGUCAGAGUCUGAGUCCAAUGGGAGUGUUUUGCAUCAUGAUGAAACAACUGUUGUGGUUAAUUUCAGAGAGCAAGUUGAAAAAUCACUUAUUUCUGGAGCCCAAAGCAAUGAUGACGAGAGUACAGAACUGAAAAAACCAGAGUCACACAGUGAGGAAGCUGACAAUCGGGAUAUUGAUGUGGGAGAACAUGGGGGUAUAUCAGCCCCAGAUGGUUCUGCGUCUGUACAAGUGAACGAAAGUUCUGGGCUCGACAAUAAUUUACUUGCUGAAGUUGAGGAAAGCACAAUGAACCUGAAGGUUGCGAGUUUACCUUUGGCAAAAGAUUCUGUGGCUGAAAGUGUUGAGCAGCCCCAUUUUUUCUCAUCUGAAUUGGUAGCUGAAAAUCCUGGGGCUUCUCAACCUCUACUUGUCUGUGCAAGUGACGAAGUGUCCGAAGUUGUUGUCAAGGAGCAAGAGAAGGAAGGACAGAAGGACGAGAAAGAUGAGCAGGUUGCUUCUGGGAAUACAGAGCAUGAAGUGAGACCAGUUACUGAUAUUUCAUCCUCCUAUAGCAACUCUUCCACUUCUGCUUCCGCUGCUCAUCCUGUAGGCCUCGAGUGUGCUUCCCAGAUAGAGGAACCUGUUUCUCAGAAUGUUUUGAAUGAUAGAGAAGAGAUAAUCAAACAUGCAGCUGACAUUUCUUCAUCUAAUGCUAACACUGCAUCUCCUGCUCAUCCUGCUGGCCGUGAGCAUGCAUCCCUGCAGUUAGAACCUUCUCAGAAUAUACUAGGAAACAAAGAACAGGUGAUCAGGCCUGCAGCUGAUAUUCCUCUGUCCAGUGUUAACUCUGCAACUCCUGCUCGUCCUGCUGGGCUUGGUCGUGCUGCCCCGCUACUGGAACCUACUUCUCGGGUUGUACAGCAACCUCGAGUGAAUGGAGCUGUUUCUCGAGUGCAGGACCAACUCGUCGAAGAUCCGACAAAUGUGGAGACCGAGGAGUAUGAUGAGAUCCGUGAAAAGCUCCAGAUGAUCCGUGUCAAAUUUCUGAGACUUGCUCAUAGGCUUGGGCAAACUCCACAUAACGUUGUGGUGGCUCAGGUCUUGUACAGAUUAGGAUUAGCUGAACAGCUACGUGGGAGAAGUGGUAGUCGUGUUGCUGCCUUUAGCUUUGAUCGUGCCAGUGCAAUGGCUGAGCAGCUUGAAGCAGCUGGACAAGGACCCUUGGAUUUCACCUUUGUCAAAAAAUCAUUGCAAAAGUCCAUCAAAAAUCUGAAAUUUGGUCAGAUUUUUGCCUUUUCGGAUAGCCAACUUUGUGGGUUUAUUCCGGCCGAAUCCUUUGGAGUUCAGAGAAGAAUUUUUGUUGUAAUUGAAGAGGACAUUGUAGACUUUCUAACGGUAUCAAAAUCCGGUGGUAUCGGUGUUCGGAAGUGGUCGAAAAAUUGCUGCAAAAGUAGCUCAAAAAUUUUUAAACUUCAGUGA